GGUGAGACAAGUCUCUUCUUCUUCUCAUCUAUAUCUAUCUAUUAUAUCUAUCUAUCUAUAUAUAUAUAUUUCAAUCGCCUCUGUGGCUACCUUUACCUUCUAUGCCGUUUUCCUUUCAGUUUGUAAAGGUUUUAUUUCCAUCUGAGACAUGGAUCAAGCAUGCCCCUGGUCAGAUUGUUUCGAAAAUCAGUCUUUCUCCCUCCACAAAGUGCUUGAUUGGCGUUCUCUCAUCCCUGGACGUUUUCUUCUUUUUUCCUUUGUUAACUGCACCUAGUGAGUAUCCUGUAAACUAUCGUUCAAGCGGGUGUGAUGCAAGUUUUUAAUAAGAUAGGUGUUGGAUCUUUUAGUAAACUUUGACAAGUUAGCUAAUUUCUUUAUUAAGCAAGAUACAUACUCGAAUUCUCUUGCUUAAAUAAGAAAGUGUUCAUCUUGUUUCUAUUAAUGUCCUCCUUCAACAACACCGAUGCGUUGCUUAUACAUUAGUUGCCCCCAAAAAGUAUCCAAGACCAUAUGAGGGCCGAAGGUUGUUUGUAAAUAAUGAGUUAUGUAUACGCUGUUAAUUACUGGAUAAGAUUAUGUCAUUAGCAAGGAUUUUCCUCUUCUUAAGGAUACCGGUUAGAUUUACAUAAAAGUGUUGGCUGAAAGAUUUUGCAACAGAAUCGAUAGGAUAAAGGAGGUACCAUUUCAAGUCCGAGAUAGUUUCUGGAGGCUUUCUUUUUGGCUACAAAUCUUAUACUCAAAUAAGCAUCAAGAUGCCCUGCAGUUCUCAGUUCGUUUUGCUUUGUUUGCCUUUUCAAUGUCUGGGUGUCAUUGAUCCAGUGUUUUUAAUGAAUAAGGCUGUGAAGCCUGUCUAUCAGAAGCAUACCCUUCUAUUACUCAUGCAUCAAGAAAGUUGAGGGUAUAUCCUGCUAGAAGAGCCCGGCAAUAGUUUAUUAUAUUUAGGUCUUAUAGUUUUUUCAGAGAUUAAGUUUGUGGUUUCAUCUUCUGUGUUUUUGUCCCUUCUUCGUAAAUAAGGUGUUACAAGCAGUUGCUUACCCAAAAUGGAUAGAUACAAGGUAAUUAAGGAAGUUGGUAAUGGAAGCUUUGGGGUGGUUUGGAGAGCUUUAAAUAGGCAGAAUGGUGAAGUGGUUGCAAUUAAGAAAAUGAAGAGAAAGUAUUAUUCAUGGGAAGAAUGCAUAAAUUUGAGAGAAGUCAAGUCAUUGCGUAAGAUGAAUCAUCCGAAUAUUGUGAAGCUCAAGGAGGUCAUCAGAGAAAAUGACAUCUUAUAUUUCGUGUUUGAGUACAUGGAAUGCAGUCUCUACCAACUUAUGAAAGAUAGAGUGAAGCUUUUCUUGGAAACAGAAAUUAGAAACUGGUGCUUUCAAGUGUUUCAAGGCCUUGCAUAUAUGCAUCAGCGUGGUUACUUCCAUCGUGACCUUAAGCCAGAGAACUUUCUUGUCUCCAAAGAUGUAAUAAAAAUAGCUGAUUUUGGUCUUGCUCGUGAGAUCAUUUCACAACCCCCAUAUACUGAGUAUGUUUCAACACGCUGGUACCGUGCUCCUGAGGUUCUUCUCCAAUCACCAACAUAUGGUUCUGCAGUUGACAUGUGGGCAAUGGGAGCCAUUAUGGCUGAAUUAUUUACUCUCCGGCCACUUUUCCCAGGUUCAAGUGAAGCAGAUGAAAUUUAUAAAGUUUGCAGUGUGAUCGGGAGCCCAACAGAAAACUCAUGGGCCGAGGGACUUGAUCUUGCAAGCAAUAUUAGUUAUAAGUUUCCAGAGCUUGCUGGCGUAAAUCUUUCUUCAUUGAUACCUUCUGCAAGCAAGGAUGCAGUUAAUCUGAUUGCAUCGCUUUGUUCUUGGGAUCCAUGUAAGAGGCCAACAGCCUCAGAAGCUCUUCAGCAUCCUUUUUUUCAGAACUGUUAUUAUGUUCCACCCUCUCUUCGCCCCAAAACUACUAUUGCUAGGACGCCUCCUCCAUCUGCUGGUUUAAGUGGGAGAAGGAUUGUGGAACAGAAAUGUGCCAAGAAAUAUACCGGGUCUUUGCCGAACUCAAAGCCAGUUAGCAAUGUUACUUCAUCUGCCAAAGUGCAUGCAUCACUAAGCACAGGCGUGCAACGUAGAUUGGAAAUGAAUCGACAGGACGGAGCAAAUGAAAAGGCAAAUAAAACUCCUGUCAGACAACCAAAAUACCAGCCACCUAUUAAAAACACUCCAAGAGGAAUGUAUAUGGGAAAGGGAAGGGGGAUUGGCGAUACAGCUGAAAGAUUGGGAAAUAUUUCAAUUGGUACGGGAAGAAGUGCACCCAAGCAGAUUAAUCCACCACCAAUGAAAGCUGGAGUGGCGAAUGGUAGAUCAGACUUGUUUGCUGGAAGGUCUCAAGUCUAUAGCAGCAAGGUGGCAGGAUGACAUUCCAGCAUAUGGCUGCCUCAAAUCUACCAAAACAUGUUAACACACACAAUAUACUUUACUACAUUUUGUGUUUCUGCUUGUGAGAAAGUUCUUGUACUAGUGUUAGUAAAUCGUAACUGGCCUUAUCCCUCACCUGUAGGGAGAGGGGUCUGGAAAGAAGUGUUUUGUGUUUGUCUUGUCAGUCUUAUUUCUAUAUCAUUAAGUGGGGUUUUUAUUCGUUA